CGAACCUAGUGUGGGUUUUCUUACCCAACCUGCAGGGUUGAAGGCGUCAGUCCUGUCAGAAUCUGCCCCGGUGGGAAUUUGUGUUUGUUUGUAGUAAUGACUCAGUGGAUGUACGUCGUUGAUGCAACUUUCUCCAUGUCUCCUUCUCUCUUUAUCUAGCGGAAGGUGCACUCUACAAUUAUGGAGUUUUGAAAGGGAAAGUGAGAGUUUGGGGGGAAAGGAGCCCUUUCCCCUCAAGUUUGAUGGUUGGACUGCUGGACAGGAAGGUCAGAGGGUUUGUUGAAAGAAAACGUUGCCUUUUGUAAAUCAGUAGAGGAAAAUCUAUUUUUGCAAACACUCAAAUGUACAAUUUUGUAUAAAACUCAGAAUAAUUUUUUGUAUUUAUUGAAUUCUUAAUGCCAAUGUAUGCUGCAAGCACUUUAGUUUGUUUUCAAUUCUUGGUCAAAAUGGUGGACUGAAACAAGUCGCUCUGGGGUCGCUAGGGUGCAGUGGAACCUCAACACAAGCACAAUUCUAGCACUCCAAACCAUCUCAACCUUUUAUUGAUAAUUUUUUUGUCUAUGUACCUUUAGCCUCUUGGAGAGCAGCUAUAGUUUGCAAUUUUUCAUUGAAUUUAUUUGUUGGUGGUUGGCUGUGAGAAAGACUUUGUAAAACAUAAGGAAGGAUAGGUCACUGAAGAAUCAGUGAAAGUCAGGAUGAGUCUUGCACCGAAUAACUGCACCCCCAAAUGCCGCUCACUGCAGCACGCAAACGAUGUGAUAGCUGCACUGACGAGUGGCUCCGAAAGGCCGCUACGGGGAUUCUUGUCUUCACACUGCCACAAUGUGGCCACCUUGCGAGAUGACUUUGGCCGCACAGCCCUGCACAUGGCGGCCUCAGUGGGAAAGAAGGCCGUGCUGGAGUGGCUCCUGGAGAGUAAGAGUGCUGACCUGAUGGUGAAGGAUAAAGAAUCAUGCUGGACUGCUCUACAUCGCAGCGCCUUCUACGGACAGAUCCACUGUCUCAUAUCGCUAGUCAAGCAUGGUGGACUUCUGUCCACCCAGGACAAGGAGGGUCUGUCUGUCCUGGACCUGACGAUGAAGGACCGACCAACACAUGUUGUGUUUAAAAACACUGACCCAACUGAAGUAUACACAUGGGGAAACAAUACCAAUUUCAGUCUGGGCCAUGGUAAUCAGGAGAGCCGGCAGCACCCGGAGCUUGUGGAUGUGUUUGCCAGGACGGGAGUUUACAUCAAGCAGGUGGUUCUGUGUAAAUUCCACUCUGUGUUCCUGUCUCAGAAAGGCCAGGUGUUCACCUGUGGCCAUGGACAAGGAGGACGACUUGGCCAUGGAGAUGAACAGACUUAUCUGGUUCCUCGGAUGGUGGAGGGUCUGAUGUCCCACCACUGCUCCCAGGUGGCAGCAGCUAAAGACCACACAGUGGUUCUUACUGAGGAAGGAUACGUUUACACUUUUGGCCUCAACACCUUCCACCAGCUUGGCCUAGCUCCUCCUCCCACCUCAGCACAUGUCCCUAAACAGGUGUUCUCCAAGACCCUGAAAGGGAGGACGGUGAUUGGAGUUGCAGCAGGGAGGUUCCAUACAGUGCUGUGGACCAGGGAGGCUAUCUAUACAAUGGGACUCAAUGGAGGCCAGUUGGGUUACCUCCUGGAUCCUAAUGGAGAGAAGUGUGUGACAGCCCCCCGGCAGGUAUCAGCCUUGCACCAUAAAGAUGUUACCAUAGCCAUGGCAGCAGCGAGUGAGGGAGCAACAGUAGUGGUUACUGAGAAGGGGGACGUCUACUUAUUGGCCGACUACCAGUGCAAGAAAAUUGCUUCAAGGCAACUCAACAUUAAGAAGGUUCUCGUCAGUGGCGGCAGUCUGGACCACCGUGUGGAUCCACAGAUCCUGAAUGAGGGAGGAGGGGAAAAGGUGGUCAUCUUGGCGUUAGAUGAAGCUGGGAGAGUGUUCUGCUGGCGUUCUUCCGGCAGCUCGGUGAGACAGUGCCGGUGGGCGUACGGGCGUCAGGUUUUCAUGUCGGACAUAGCUCUCAGCAAGAACAACAUGAUGUUUGUGACUCAGGACGGGGAGGGUUUCAGUGGCGUGUGGGCUGGAGAAUAUAGGAAGUAUGGUGAGAAGAAAGAGGUCAGUGUGGAGGUUUGUGGCCAUUCAGAUGCUGGGACACUGUAUGAGCGAAUCCGCUUGGAGAAACUCCCAUAUGUCCACAGAGCUGUCAGCAUCACCAUGGACUCAAAAGGCCGAAAUUUUGGGGGGCUUCAGGCUGACCCCAAAACAAGCUUGUAUGAGAUUCCAAGCAUUUCUCCAUCCUGCCUCUUCCAACACUUCCGGAGCCUUCUGGAUGAGGCAGAUGAAAUGGACAGCAUCCACGACGUGACGCUUCAGGCCGGCAAUCGCACCUUCCCUGCUCACAAGUACAUCUUGUCAAUGAGGUCCGAGUUCUUCCAGAGGCUGUUCAUAUCCGAGCACAGUGGGGUUGGUGAUGAUCUCGAUCAGGAAGUGAGGAAGAGCGAAGAUGCUGUGGGCUGCGACUUACUCAUUUUAGAAAAAAUCCCGCCAGACAUGCUCGAAUACGCCCUCCACUUCAUCUACACAGACUCCUGCGAGCUGCUGGUGCACGGGGCCCGGCCAAGGGUCUCAGCGGCCCUGAUGGGUGAAAAUCAGGAUUCAGAGCAGGAGAGGCUUAUCAGCAGCCUGCAGGACUUGGGCCUGAGAGGUUGUUCAGCCCUGGAGGUGUACCGCUCCCUUCCCCCUGCUUCCACUGAAGAUGGCAACAAGGCCAAGAGCAAGGGCUCCAAGCCUGGCAAGAAGGUGAAAGGAGGCAAAGGUGACAAGGCAGGAGCCAACGGAGGGGCCAACCCUGUGAAAACUUUGCAGGGUGUUGCAAAGAAGCUCGGCCUGGGCAGCCUGUCUGCACGACUGGAUGGAGUCAAAUAUGAAAAUGGAAAAAUUGUCAUCAAUCACAAGAAAACUGGCAACAAACCCAAAUUCUGCCAGAGGAAGUGCUCCUACCUCUGUGAUGUUACUCUGAAAUCUGAAGACGGCAAAGAAUUUCCUUGUCACAAAAGUGUCCUCUGUGCAAGACUGGAAUAUUUCAACAGUAUGCUUGGAAACCCCUGGAUUGAGGCCACAUCGUGUAAUGCACUGGAGAUGCCUAUCAGCUCAGAGACCCUGCAGGUCAUCCUCGAGUAUAUUUACACAGAUGAGUCUCCCACCAUCAAAGAGUCUCUGAAUGUAGAGUUUGUCUGCAGCGUACUGGUUGUGGCCGACCAGCUGCUCAUCACACGACUGAAGGAAAUGUGCGAGGUCGUCAUCACUGAGAAUUUGACUCUGAAGAACGCUGCGGAGCUGCUGGAGUUUGCCGCCAUAUACAACGCAGAGCAGCUGAAACUCUCCUGUCUCCAGUUCAUUGUGCUCAACAUGGCUGCCCUGCUGGAGUCAAAAGCUCUGGAUAUUCUUAGUGAUGAGGUGCUUUUGGAUCUCUCUGCAGCUUACAUACGGAUGAUUCCAGCCAUGCAAAGGAGAGUGAUCACUCCGUUCAGUGGUGCUCCAGACCUAAGUGUGUAUGGAGAUGAAGAUUUGGACUCAGCCUUAAGCCAUAAACCAGAGGAAGAACUGGAUCACUCCACCAGGGAUGUCCUGUUAAAGAAGGCAAAGAUGAAGGCUAAAAAGAAACCAAGGCGUCGUUCUGACAGCUCAGGGGGCUACACUCUCUCCGAUAUCAUCCAGAGCCCACCUGUUACAGUGGUCACCCAGAGCCUGGUGAAGACAGGCAAGGCAAACUCCACAGAGUCUCUGCACGAGCUGCUCACAUCAGAUUCUGAGGGCAGCUACAUGGGGCUGGGCAGUCCCAGAGACCUGCAGUCACCUGUCUUCCAUGACAGAGUUGAGGAUGAGAAGGCUUUCAGUCAGAAGCUGAAGACUCCACCCAGCACCCCAACGUCACUGAGAAAUGGCCUCUCAACUUCCCCCAACUCUGCUUCACAACUCAUCCCCAAUGUUCGUCCAAGCCCUGCUCGUCCACCUCCAGUCUUGGAUCUGAGAACUAUCAUGGACAUGGAAGCCAACUCUCUGCAGACUCUUGGAGCAACUCCUAAAAGUCCUGGAAGUGUCAGCACCAGCAUGAAGCACUCCCCCGUUCCUACUAAACUGUCCCAGAAGCAGAGGAAGAUGCUGGCCAUGGCCAACAAGGAGGCCAGUGUGGAGUCCACAGCUUCCAAACCAACCCCCACAGCUACCCCAUCCAAAAGCAGUGGGAAGUCGUCGAUUCAACCUUUGUCCACGCACUUCAGUCUGGUUGCUUUCACUAUCACAGCAGAGUCAGAUACCCAUCCUCACUAUAUCUCUCUCUUUGUGUCACCUGUUUCUUCCCUCAGGCCCUGGGUGCUGGGUGCAGCGGGCAGCCCUCCCGGCCUCUCCCAGGUGGCCUUUGCCUCCAUCGUAGAGGAGGAGAAGCAACAGGAAGCCGCUCUGAUCCGCAGCCGAGAGAAGCCGCUGGCACUCAUCCAGAUUGAAGAGAGCGCCAUCCAAGACCUCCUGUUCCAUUAUAAGGCGCGUGACAACCCUGAUGAGCUGAUAGUGGUGGAGAGGUCUUCCAGAGGUCCCAUUGCAGCCCCAACCUGGAACAAACACUGAAGUUUAACAGCACAGACCACAUACCAUCAAAGGGAAAACAUCCCUUGGAGUCGUCAUUAUAAUGUUGGUAGAGUUCCUGCUGCAGCUUCCCCUCAGAUAUCAUCCAACCCUCACAUAUCAUCUGAUCCAUCAGUCCGUGUGAAGCCCAGUUUGAGAGACGAGAUUGAGGCAGAUCUCUGCUCCCUUCUGCAGUGUUACUUUAACUUCUGGUUUUUUUCUGCUCAACAUUGUGUGUGUGUGUGUGUACGCGACAGAAUGAGUGUUGUUCAUGACUGAAUGUGGUCCUGAAGAGUUGUUUUUUGAGCCAGGCACUACUUAUGCAUGUCUUUAAGUUAACUGUGUUAAAAUACAUGUCCCCAAAAAACAUUGCUCGUUAUAUGAAGAUGAAGUUGCCAAAGAAAAGAAGUUGGAAUGUUCAAGCCACAAAAUGGGUCCAAACUACAUCCCUUUGAGCGUUUGUUUGUUAAAUCAAUGAAAGUUCUCAAUGUUAAUUCAGAAAAUUACAGUGCCAAUGAUCAACCCAGGCAGAGCAGAUAAGCUGUGCUUAAGUAAAGUUAAGUAUUUACUAAGGCCGUACCUAUAGUUUCUUUUCAUGGUCCUUUUGCUGUUCUAAUACAUUGUUUUUUUUGCAUCUUCUGAUUUGCAGUGACAUGGUAAUGUAAUGUAAAUAUGCAUUUUAAACAUCAGUAAAAUGCCUAUUUGAAAUAUACUAUGUGAUGCAGUUACAGUGCACCAUUGAACUGGCUCUCUAGCCUUCAAAGUUUUCACACAAGUGUUUGAGGAGGUGGUAUGCCUUAAGUGAUGACAACACGCACACUGAAACAGCAGCUGGAAUAUAAACUUUUAUUCAUCCUUUUCUUUCUUUCACUAGUCUCCUGGUGUUUUUUGGCCUGGAGCCGGUGUAAGCUGAAUACUUCGCCCGUUUCUGGACCAUGUUAUGUUGCCUUGACUUGCCAUCUGUGUGUAUGUGAGAGACACAGGGAUGUGAAAUGAAAAAGGCAUGCAUUAAAAUGUCUCACCUGUGGAAUGACCCCGGUCUCCUGUCUGUGUUUCAGUUGCGAUUGCAGUGGGUGGAAUGAAAACA